CAGAACGUUCUACACGAGUGCUAGUAUAUAUCUACGAUCGGUACUUUAAUUUAACGAUUGAUAUUGCCACGCUGUUACAUAGCCACAUAUUCGAGUUAACGACGCUUAUAUAUAUCAGUGACAGUGGGAAGCUGUAACGAUUGCGUAACAAACCGACUAUGGUGCGGACCAUUAAAUCGGUUGAAUGAUUUUCUAUUCAAUACACAUGUGUGUUUUUCAUUCUACUGUAAGUGAGCGUGUGGGAUAUUGACAUUUCCCCUUUACAAUCAUAUCGUUUUGGAUGUAUGAAAAAAAUGUGUUAAUAAGUGCUUGUACAUACAGUAUUUGAUGAAUUCCAGCCAAUCAAUCACUGAGGAUAUGGUUAUAAUAUCUGCAUAUUAUGGAUUAUGGUAGUAUAUUAAGCAGAUGCUAGAUGUUUUGAAGUGUCUAUCAACAUCUGAAAUUGUUUUUGAACUUUAGAAUUGGCAAUAAGUGAUCGCCAUAUCGACAAUUGAUACGAUGACAAUGAAAAGAAAUCCACUGCAAACAACCUAAUAUAGACUGUUGUCAUUUCAUAUGUGGGAUCUUACAAGUCGUACAUCAUAUUUAAUGAAGACCUGUAUUAUUACAUCAGAUUUUAAUGAACAAUUUCAGGUACAAUGAACAGCAACAAGUGCCGUGCAUAUCAACAAGAAAUUGAAGAUCGCUGUACAUUCCGUAAUGAAUUAUCAGCUGGGUCAUUACAACAGCUAAUAUAAACAAAAACAUUUGUAUUUGAUUGAAUCAUUAUUGAGGUGUUGGCAUGGGAAGGAGACGCAAGAGGAAUAGGGGACGAGCUCACCAAUGUGUUCCUAGUUCCUAUUCACUAAGACGGAGUAGAACCCCGACUCGACGAUCAUGUUCUCCAAGACAGAGUAGAACUCCGACUCGACCAGCAUGUUCUCCAAAACGGAGAACCCCGACUCGACCAUCAUGUUCUCCAAGACGAAGUAGAACCCCGACUCAACCAGCAUGUUCUCCAAGACGAAGUAGAACUCCGACACGACCAUCAUGUUCUCCAAGACGGAGAACCCCGAUUCGACCAUCAUGUUCUCCAAGACGGAACACCCAGAUUCGACGAUCACGCUCUAGGUCAUACUCUCCAAGAUGGCGUAGAAGAUCCUAUUCCAGAUCGUGUUCUCCAUGGCAAUACAUAACAGCCUGGCGACGUCGAUCACCUAGAUCAAGAUGGCGAAGUCCAAGAAAAAUUUCAAGGAGUAGAAGUUGUCCGUUGCUAUGUGUCAGUCAGGAUCUAUAUGAACCACACAGAAGAGACGCGUCAUGUAGAAAUAACUCGUCGAAAACAAUCGGUCCACGGUAUGGUAGUCUCUCCCCAAAUCGGUUUCAAAUGAUGAAAUACUCGCGCAGAUCAAGGAGUUCUCGUAGAAAUACAUUCUCUCCACGACAGCUAUCUCCAACUUACUCAUCGAUAUUAAGCCGAUCGGUAUCGCCAUAUUCUAAUUACUCUGACUCACCAGGAGUUUUAUCGAGUCGCAGUGUAAGUAGGAGUUGUAGUAGGAGUCGAUCGCCUGAAGGCUUGAGUUACAUAACAAGUACUCAAAGAAAGAAUCGGAGCAGAAGUAGAUCGCCUCGCUGGAGUCGUAGCAGAAGUAGAUCGCGUCGCAGAAGAAGGCGUAGUCGAAGUAUUUCGCCUCGCUGGAGGCGUAGCAGAAGUAGAUCGCGUCGCAGAAGAAGGCGUAGUCGAAGUAUUUCGCGUCGCUGGAGUCAUAGGAAAAGUAGAUCGCCUCGAUUUAGUCGCAGUAGAAGUAGGUCGCCUCGCUUUAGUCGCAGUAGAAGUAGAUCGCCUCGCAGAAGGAGCAAAAUUAAACGUAGACGGUUUCGGGGAAGGGGGCGUACUAGGCGUAGACGGCCCGGGAAAAGAAGUCGUAGUAGAAGCGUAACGCCUCACAGAAGAAGUCAUAGUAAAAGUAGAUCGCCUCACAGAAGUAAAAUGAAUGCAACCGUGGUUGAUAUUGAUCAAAAUGUCAGCGAAUUUUUCUUUGCCAACGCUUCAACGGAUGAACAUAUCCAAGCUCAAAAUCAAAAUCGUAGCAGGUAUAUUGCAUGCAUGUCGUUAUUACAUCUAAAGGGGGUGGAGCUACGUCAACAAGUCCGAGUACGCGCUUUAGCUGCCAGCUGGGCAAGAAACGAUUUCAAGAUGUCCACAGAGUUCAUAUGCGAUCGCGACAGAUAUGGAAUGGUUGAAAUAUUGAAAGCUUUACAAAUCGUGGAUUCAGGAAGACUUAUCCGACAAGGAGAAAAAACCCUAAAACGACUUCAAACGGCAAGGGGAAAGGUGUCUCGUCAUAAAAUUGACAAAUUGAAGUGCAAAAUAAAUAGCAUGAGAAAGCUACAGCCUAAAAAGGGAUCUGCAAGUGGAUCGAUAUGUAAAAAUGUUCGUAAAUGGACAAAAACAUUGAGCAAGGAAGAGCUCGAACGCUAUGCCCUCCAUCUUCCUAAAAAACCAUGGAAGAAACUAGCCGACAUUUGCCAUUUUAAUCCUGUAGAGGACUUUCCCAAUCUACCCUGGUUUCUGUCCUACUGUUUUGGCCAGUCAGCACCCUGUGGAACCGUAGUGCACACUUGCGAGGACCUGAACGAAAAGAACAUAAACGACAAAUUAAAAACGUGUGACAUUCCAUAUGCCCAUAGCCGGAAAUUUAAAAAGUACCUUAAUGUAGAGUCAAAGAUUAAAAUUGCCACAUCAGAACCUCGACUCGACACUGUGUUAUGGUAUUAUGAAGACAUAGAAUGCCGCCAGGUGGAUGAAAUAAUAAUGCAACGACUUGACACAGGAGACACAAGCGACCUUCCAAUCGGAAAGAUGAUGGACAGGUUAAUCACAUUGAAAGAACUAGCACGCGGAUUUCGCUGUGGCAGGAGGGCGACAGGAAAAUAUAAGAUUCCAUUCAUGAAAACGUUGCUCAGCCUUGCCGAAUCUAAACUUCAGAACGUCAAACUGAAGCUAGAUUCUCCUGUCGUUGUACUCGGAGAUCGUUCAGGGUCCAUGGAUAUCGCGGUCAGGACUAGUUCUGUCAUUACUGGAAUAUUAUGCUCGAUUUGUUCUGCCGACCUUGUUGUAUUCAACCAUAAUUGUAAGCGCCCAAAAAAGGUGCCAGAAAAUGUCGACGAAGCCCUGAAACUUGCAAUGAAAACUGAGGCAAGCGGCUCCACAAAUCCAUCGUCGGCCUUGAUGCCUUUCUACAAACAAAAGAGGGUUGUAAAGACCUUCAUUAUUGUGACAGACGAAGGGGAAAAUGUUGGAAAUUUUGCCGAUCUCUUUGAGAAAUACCAUAACGAAGUGUUCCCAGCUCGGCUAGUGUUCGUCUCCUUUCUGGACCAACACGAAAAAGGGUACAUGUGUACUCAAUUAAAGAAGAAAGGUUUCAAUCCACUGCAGUUUGUACUGGAUGCUAGAAGACCAGAUUUGACCAAACUAGAAAAACUGUUUGGGAUUUUAGCGUCAGAGAGCAAAUCAUUUACUGAGGAACUUUCUAUUCUUCAAAGCAAAAUCACAGGACACAUUCAUGACGGUGAUUUGUAAACUAUGAACAUAAAACUGUUCUGUACUUAAGCUUUAACAUCGUGGAGGAUGAAAGUUUCUUUUCUAAAUAGACUUCUUAUCUGAAUUAUAUCAAUAUUUUAGAUUAUGCUAUAUUUGCGUAUAACUAUAUCAAUUUUUAUUGUUUGCUAUAUUAGCAUGUAUGUAUAUUAGGCACAUGCCAUUUAAUUGAUGAAAUACCUAUGCAUGAAACUUUAUGCAUUCUGUGAUACUCUUAACUAAGAUAACUGUGAUCUAACCUUAUAUGUGUCGAUUGCAUCAAUAUGUAUGCAACUUUUAUCUAGCACGUGUAUUUUACUAGCAAGAUUACCGUGUUUAUUUAUAUAUAAGUUUAUUAUUAUAAGCACUGACCACAUCAAUUUGAAAUGAAAGUCAAAAAUAUGAUCGACUUCAUUUUUUGAAUGACUGAUUAGUUAAUUAUUGUUAAUUAAUUAUAUAGAGUUAACAGUGCCAUACAUAACGUAAAUGAAUAAUAAUUAAUUAUGUUAAGUUAAUAGUGUCUUGUAUUAAAGUAUUUUAUCUAUCAUUACUUAUGUACAGUUAACAGUGUCAUACAAGUAUGUAACAAUAUAUUAUCAUUUAAAACGGUCACAUUAAUUUCAUCCGAUAAAUAAUAACAUUUUUUUAAGGUUGCAUUUUGAUUAGCAAAUUAUAUUUCGUUAAAGAUAUACAUGGUGUUUUUCAUUUUC